GAUGUUUUAGGUGAUGACGACUAACUCUGUUCUACUGCGGAUAUGCAUUCCGUCACAAAGAACGAAGCUGUGCACUAAGCAAAAUGGGCAGUUUAUCGGUCGCGGCUUUGUAGAUGGUGAUUAUUUCGAACACUUGCGAUACAGAUAAACGAACGAGAGGAAGACUCCGAGACGCACACCUUCCACGAGCAGCUCUGCUAAAGUUUGUCCAGAAGUUGGCAGAAGAGCGUAUCUCUGGCGCAUGCGCGUUGUGCCCAACAUCCAGCACCAAAUAGAGUUACAGAAAGGAGGCAGGUAGAAAUACUGCCCAGGGUCCUCCUCCCUCUACCCUUGCACAGAUGGAAGAAAAAACGCAGGCGGAUGCCCCAGCUUCUGGGGCAGACUUUGAUAUGAUGAAAGCUUUUGACUGGAAGGAUGGAAUUGCAACGCUUCCUGGUAGCAACAUACGGUUCCGUGUCAAUGAAUUUGGAACAUUAGAGAUUAUUACAGACACAGAAAUGGAUGCUUUGCAGUCCAUUGCCAGCACCAGUAACCUCUCUGACCAGUCCCUUGCCAACACGUUGACCAUGUGCACAUCAGAGAAAGACACAAAAAAUGCCAAACCAUCUGAAGAAUCAGUUCUUCCAUCCCCAGUCUUGAUCAACCUUGAGGAGGCUCCAAGUGUUGAAGUGGUCUCCUGCCAAAUGUGUGGGGUCUCUGGCAGCAUUGAGAAUUUCAUCAAAGGCAAAUUUUGCAGCAAGGGCUGCAUACAUGCACAAAAUAGCAAUUCCAAAAGCAGCCCCGCUGAACAGAAAGAUUUAGCAAAUGCAGUUAAACACUGUGAUGACAAUGACCGCCCUCUGAAACGAAUUAGAAAGAAAAGGAAACUGUUCAUGGAUUCAGAUGAUGAUGAAGAAGAAAAUCCUGAGGAAGAGGAGGAAAAAUCAAGAAGUGGCAAAGGACGGAGAGGUGCCAAACCAAACAAACAAGUAGCAGUUGCUCCAGCCAAAAAGAAAGUUUGGAGCUGGCCAGCAUAUCUGGAAGAGGAAAAGAUGGUGGCUGCUCCUGUAAAGCUUUUCAAAGAGCAUCAGUCAUUUCCUCAGAGUCGCAAUGGAUUUAAAGUGGGCAUGAAACUGGAAGGGAUUGACCCGUGCCACCCGUCAUUGUUUUGUGUGUUAACAGUUGCAGAGGUCCAGGGAUACCGGAUCAGACUACAUUUUGAUGGCUAUCCUGAAUGUUAUGACUUUUGGGUAAAUGCUGAUUCUUGGGAUUUGAAGCCUCCUGGUUGGUGUGAAAAGAUGGGACAGAAGCUUCUCCUUCCUAAAAGCUGUAAAGAAGGAGAAUUCAGCUGGAGUACAUACGUUAAAAACUGCAGAGGCCAGAUGGCACCUAAAAGCCUUUUCAAAAGCUUAAAUUCUUCAGUAACACCAUCAGGGUUCCGGCCUGGAAUGAAAUUAGAAGCUGUGGACAAAAAGAAUCCAUCUCUCAUUUGUGUUGCUACUAUUUCAGCCGUUGUUGAUAACCGGCUUCUGAUCCAUUUUGACAACUGGGAGGAUACCUAUGACUACUGGUGUGAUGCCAGUAGCCCUUACAUUCACCCAGUAGGAUUCUGCCAAGAUAAUAACCUGACAUUAAUGGCACCACCAGAGUACAGAGAUCCAAAAAAUUUCUCUUGGGAGAAAUAUCUUGAAGAAACUAGCAGUCAGCCAGCUCCAGCCAGAGCCUUUAAGGUGAGACCACACCAUGGUUUUCAAGUGAACAUGAAGCUAGAAGCAGUGGAUAAGAGAAAUCCAGUUUUGAUCAGAGUGGCUUCAAUUGAGGACACGGAUGACCACCGUUUAAAGAUCCACUUUGACGGCUGGAGCCAAGAGUAUGACUACUGGGUAGAUGCUGAUUCUCCAGAUAUUCAUCCAGUUGGCUGGUGUACCAAAACUGGACACCCACUGCAAACUCCCCACGGACCGUCUGAUGUUCCCAGUCUUCCUGGGCAAGGAUGUCCCACACCAGGAUGCCAUGGAAUUGGACAUAUAAAAGGCCCUCGCUAUGGCACACACUACACCCUAGUAAGCUGCCCAUAUUCUGAGAUGAACUUGAACAAAGAAGGCCUCCUGCAGGACCGCUUGAGUGGGGAGAAGCCCUGUGUGUUGUCAGGAUCUCAGAAAACGAAGAAAACUGAUGGACCAGCAGCAGUCCCUGCUAUACAGGAACUGGUUGAUGGAUCACCUCACUCCAGAAAUUCCUGGAGCAUUGACAGUGAAAGGUCGGGUCGCAGUAGCGUACAAAGUCUUGGGGAGAGCAUUGAAGAAAGACUUGAGGGUUCUUGUGAGUCUACAGAAAAUGGCGUAAACGUCAAAAGGUCCGGCCACCCCCCCUUGUGCUUGAAGACGCAAGUAGUGAAACAGGAACUGGGAGAUGGAAGAGGGUCUGUGUUCAGCCUGCCGCAGGCACUCCACGAAUCCUCCUACAUGCCUCCCUUUUCGUCCAAUCCCAGUCAUCGUAUCCAGAUGUGCUGGGAACAGCACUGCAAGCUCCUACCAGAGGUUUUGGGACUGACAGCCAAGCGGGUUGCUAAGUGGAGCAUUGAAGAGGUGGCAUGCUUUGUGGAGGGCUUACCUGGAUGUAAAGAACAUGCAUCCAUCUUCCGAAAUGAGCAGAUUGAUGGAGAAGCAUUCCUUCUACUCACCCAGGCCGACAUUGUGAAAAUUCUAAGUGUGAAACUGGGGCCUGCACUCAAAAUCUACAAUGCCAUUCUCAUGUUCAAGAAUGCUGAUGAGGAAUGAUGAACAUUAGCCUGCCAAAGGAAUGGUCCAACUUCAAAGAUUGAAAGGAUCCAAUGCUGCAUCGUGGUCAGUAGGAGAGAGAACCUGAACAAAAUGACUGUUGUUGGGGAGAAAGGGAGGUUUUGAGUACAUCUGUGGAAGUGCAAGAGCAAGUCAAAUGGUCCUUGGUUGUAGAAAUUUUUGCGUCCAUGUACAGUUUGUAGAAAUAAAAAUUAUAUGAAAAACUUUUUUUAAACUCCA